AUGAUGCUCAACAUGCGUAUUCACACGUCGCUGGCGGUCUUCACUCUCUGCACUGCGCUUUCUCAAGCAGCUACAUUCUUCCCACUCAUCAACAUGACUGAUACUGCUGGAAAUUCCAUCCAGGCGCAUGGUGGCAACAUCAUCCGAAGUCAGGAUUCAUCGGACUCUUCCUGGUACUGGUUCGGAGAAGACAAGACUGGACAAACAACCGGAGGCACAUUCCAAGGCGUGAACUGCUACAAAUCGUCCGAUCUCGAAAAUUGGGAGUAUCAAGGACAUGUCCUCUCACCAAUCGCGGACACAAAUAUCUCCAGCAGCAUGAUUGUCGAACGACCCAAGGUUAUCUACAACGAUAAGAAUCAGGAAUAUGUCAUGUGGUUUCACGGGGAUUCAUCCGAUUAUGGAGCAGCGCAGGUUGGAGUCGCAACGUCAAAGUCCAUUGAAGGUCCAUAUACUUGGCGUGGUAAUUUCAACCCUUUUGGUCAGCAGUCUAGAGACAUGACCAUCUACAAGGAUCCCGAUGAUGGGACCGGCUACCUCAUCUUCGCAACGAACAACAAUGCCGACUUUGAGAUUGCAUCUCUCGAUGAAGACUACUACAAUGUUGCGGAAUCGCAGUAUACUUUCAAAGGAGUCUAUCAAGAAGCACCAGGAGUAUUCAAGAUUGAUGGCGUAUAUUACCUCCUCUUCUCUCCUCAGGACGGCUGGACUCCUACAGACAACGGUUACCAUUCAGCCACAAGUAUGAAAGGACCAUGGUCGGAGACAACAUUGCUUGCACCCCAGGGAGCCUACGCAUAUCUCACACAGAAUGCAUACGACAUAACCAUCAAAGGCUCACAGGAGACCUUCUACCUCUACCUCGGCGAUCACUGGAGUGGCAACCAACUCGGCUCUUCCACAUACGCCUUCUAUCCCGUCAACUACAACGGUUCAGGUCUUGCACUCGAGUACACGAGCGGUUGGCAGCUUGAUAUCGAAACCGGAACACACAAAAAUCUCCCUUACACAUCCAUCACUGCCGACAACUCCACCACGCCGGACGAUCAGCUCGUUGCAUGCGAGAGUGCUUGCGCAGGAGGCUUAGCGGCAAAUCUGACGACUGCCGAUCAGACUUUUUCAUUUCAAUGGAACGGAAGCGCAGGCAAGAAAGUCGUUUACAUCCAAUAUACCUAUGCCGGAGCGAAGAAUGCUUUCAGACAUAUCAGCGCUACCGUGGAUGAUAAGGCUGUUGAUGGCUGGGCUCUACUGGAGACUUCUCGAGCGCAUACUUUUGCGCAACGAGCACCGCUACCUAUGACUUUGGCGGAGGGAAGUAAGGUGGUGUUGAAGUUGGCUGAUGUUGGACUUCAGAUUCGGGUUGAGGGGGUGCUUGUCUUUGAUGAUCCUAGGUAG